CAGCUGCAGUUUUGGCCCGAAAGAGUCAAACCAGGAGCGGUGUUUGUGUGUCAGGUGUUAAAACAUACUUGAAUCACACACACACCGCAGGAAUUGAGCUGUGUUUCCGGCUCGACAGGCUUAAUGGCGCUUUAGAGGAAGUAAAAGGGAUAGUAUGUGCCCAGCUGCUAGUUAACAGUUAAUGCAGAGGUGGAAAGUUAGGCAGCUAUUAUGGCAAGUGUCCUUGCAUCAAAAAUGGGACUCAAUUCCCUCUGGAGGAAACAAGCCAAAAACUUCAACGUCACAAUUGUUACAAUGGAUGCUGACUUGGAGUUUAGCUGCGAGCUGAAGUGGAAAGGAAAGGAUCUGUUUGAACUUGUGUGCCGGACACUGGGACUCAGGGAGACAUGGUUUUUUGGUCUGCGGUAUGACGUCAAAGACACUGUGGCAUGGCUGAAAAUGGACAAGAAGGUUUUGGAUCAUGAUAUGCCCAAAGAGGAGCCUAUAGUGUUUCAUUUCCUGGCCAAGUUUUACCCAGAGAACGCUGAGGAAGAGCUGCUGCAAGAUAUGACGCAACACCUCUUCUUCCUGCAGGUAAAGAAGAACAUCUUAGAGGAGGAGAUAUACUGUCCUCCCGAGGCUUCGGUGCUGUUAGCCUCUUACGCCGUCCACGCUAAGUACGGUGAUUACGACCCUAAUGUCCACAAGCCGGGCUUCCUGUCCCAAGAGGAGCUGCUACCAAAGAGGGUUAUUAAUCUGUACCAGAUGACUGCAGAGAUGUGGGAGGAGAGAAUCACGGUCUGCUACGCUGAGCACAGGGGCAGAACCAGAGAUGAAGCCGAGAUGGAGUAUUUAAAAAUAGCUCAGGAUCUGGAGAUGUAUGGGGUCAAUUACUUUUCCAUUAGGAAUAAAAAGGGUACUAGCUUACUGCUGGGUGUUGACGCUUUGGGCCUCCACAUUUAUGACCCGGAUAACAGACUGACGCCCAAAAUUUCUUUUCCCUGGAAUGAGAUCAGAAACAUCUCCUACAGCGACAAAGAGUUUGCCAUUAAGCCCGUGGAUAAGAGGGCAGAUGUCUUCAAAUUCAACUCCUCAAAACUCAAAGUCAAUAAACUGAUUCUUCAGCUGUGCAUCGGAAAUCAUGACCUCUUCAUAAGGAGACGCAGAGUUGAUUCGUUGGAAGUCCAGCAGAUGAAGAUGCAGGCUAGAGAAGAGAAAGCCCGCAAACAGAUGGAACGGCAGAGGCUGGAGAGAGAGAAACAAUUGCGUGAGGAGGCAGAAAGAGCUCGUGAUGAACUGGAGAGGAGACUGAUUCAGUUACAGGACGAAGCUCACAUGGCCAAUGAAGCACUGUUAUGUUCGGAGGAGACAGCUGAUCUGUUGGCGGAGAAGGCACAAAUCGCUGAGGAGGAGGCCAAGCUGUUGGCUCAGAAAGCCGCCGAGGCUGAACAGGAGAUGCAGCGUAUUAAGCUGACAGCUAUUCGCUCUGAGGAGGAGAAGAGACUCAUGGAACAGAAGAUGCUAGAAGCUGAGAUGCUUGCACUCAAGAUGGCAGAAGAGUCCGAAAUGAGGGCGAAGGAGGCCGACCAGCUGAAACAGGACCUGCAGGAGGCUAGAGAAUCUGAGCGCAGAGCAAAAACCAAACUACUGGAGAUCACCAGCAAAUCGCCGUACUUGCCUGUGCCGUUGUCUGCAAAUGCUCUUCCUCCUGAUGGCACUAACUUCAACUUCAGCAUGGAGAACCUGAGUUUUGACUUCAAAGACACUGACAUGAAACGUCUGUCCAUGGAGAUCGAAAAGGAGAAGGUCGAAUAUUUGGAGAAGAGCAAACACCUUCAGGAGCAGCUGAAUGAACUGAAGACUGAGAUUGAGUCAUUAAAGCUAAAAGACCGAGAAACCCCUCUAGACAUCCUACAUAAUGAGAAUGCUGAGAAAGGCACCAGCAAGCAGAGCAACUUUAAAAAGCUCACUCUCCAGAGCACCAAAUCCAGUGCCUUCUUCCAGGAGCUAUAGCCAUCCAGCCGGACUGGACUAUAGUGUCUGAAUAAUGUGCCGUUGUGUCGUUGUCACAUUCCUAUAUGAUCCUAGCACAUUCCGGUGAUGAAGAAUGUAUAUGUGGGUAAAGUUUACAUGCAUUACUCUAAGAGGACCAGGACCUCAAUUAAACAGAACUACAGAGGGAGAACAUGUUUUUAAAGGGACACACACACUAAGAUAAACUCAUUCACACACAGAGUCACACACUACACAUCGUUUCCCAAUAUCCCUGUCUGCAGGAGGUCAAAAACCCAUUGUAAAGACACUACGAAUAGCAGUGUACACUCACUGACUACAUAUAUCUCUGCAGUGCAUCGUAAAUUCCUCUCUCCAGUUGCACAGCAGAUAUCUCUUUCGAUCAAUAUGUGUCAGAAUAAUUGGCUAAAGCAGUGGUAUUGCACCCUUGUGCCGUGUUAGGUGUAUAUAUUUUUGCUCUACUAUGGAGCAGUCUGGUCAUUCAUAAAGGCUGAAUGAAACCUUAUUGUGUUACAGUUUAGAAGUGUUUACUUUCUCUCAGAGGAUAGGUUAGUACAGGAUAUUUUUAGGGGAGAAAAUGCAUUUGUGAGAACACCAUGUGGAAAACCAUUUUUACAUAUGAAAUAUUUGGGAUUUUUUAAAAACCAUUUACUUGGCUUGAAAUGUUUUACAAUGUUUUUU